CCCCCCACCCUUCCACUUCCUUCCCCUCAACCCCGGCUGUCAGUGCUGAGUGAAUGCGCGUGUGUUCCUGAGCUCGCUCGGCACACGUUCUAUAAAAAAAUAAAAAUACAAAAAAAAAAUUUAAAACAUAAAAAAACCCCAAAAAAUCCCUUUUUUUUUCUUCUUUCUGUAACAAGUCGGUGAAGCUGGAACGGACGCUGGGUGACAGGACGGUAACGUACAAGAAAAAGGCUGUCAAACGUAUCGAACGACACAUUUUUUUUCAGGUGACGUGUUACCAAUUCAGAAGCCAGGCCAAGGUUAGCUCCUCUUUUUUUUAAUUUUUUUUAAAAACACCUUCGUUGGUUAAAUUUGAACGACAGCUCCAACGCCGGAGAGAACUCUGCCCUUUCUUUUUGUUUCGGACACCGUUCUCGCCGGGCAACUGUCAAGUCAACGUUCGUGUAACGUGUGCCAACACCACCGUUCGACCCCGGUUGAGGUGACGGCCGGCGACCGUUUGGACCUCGAACAUUCGUAACUUUUUCAGUUGUGAACGUCGAGCAUCGUCCGACCAGACCGCCUGCCCUCCCCACGUCCCCCCCCCAUCACACCGCGACACCGACUACGAAGAUGAACCCCAGCGCUCCGAGUUACCCCAUGGCCUCCCUGUACGUCGGAGACCUGCAUCAAGAUGUGACCGAGGCCAUGCUCUACGAGAAAUUCAGCCCGGCCGGAGCCAUCCUCUCGAUCCGGGUCUGUAGGGACAUGAUCACCCGGCGUUCCCUUGGAUACGCCUAUGUCAACUUCCAACAGCCAGCGGACGCUGAGCGUGCACUGGACACCAUGAACUUUGAUGUGAUCAAGGGGCGGCCUGUGCGCAUCAUGUGGUCGCAGCGUGAUCCAUCCCUGAGAAAAAGCGGCGUGGGAAACAUUUUCAUCAAGAAUCUUGACAAGUCCAUCGACAACAAGGCUCUUUAUGACACCUUCUCUGCUUUCGGCAACAUCCUGUCAUGCAAGGUGGUUUGUGACGAGAAUGGCUCCAAAGGCUACGGUUUUGUGCAUUUUGAGACUCAGGAGGCGGCCGAACGAGCCAUCGAGAAAAUGAAUGGCAUGCUGCUCAAUGACCGAAAAGUGUUCGUGGGCCGCUUCAAGUCUCGCAAAGAGCGGGAGGCUGAGCUGGGGGCCCGGGCCAAAGAGUUCACAAACGUUUACAUCAAGAACUUCGGUGAGGAGAUGGACGACGAGAAGCUGAGGGAACUCUUCAGUAAAUAUGGAAACGCCAUGAGUAUCCGGGUCAUGACUGAUGACAGCGGGAAGUCUCGAGGUUUUGGGUUUGUCAGCUUCGAAAGGCACGAGGAUGCCCAGAAGGCUGUGGAUGAGAUGAACGGAAAGGAGAUGAACGGUAAGCUUAUCUAUGUCGGGCGUGCCCAGAAGAAAGUUGAGCGACAGACGGAGCUGAAGCGGAAAUUUGAACAAAUGAAACAGGACCGCAUGACACGCUACCAGGGCGUCAACUUGUACGUGAAGAACCUCGAUGACGGGAUUGAUGACGAACGCCUGCGGAAGGAGUUUUUGCCUUUUGGCACCAUAACCAGUGCCAAGGUGAUGAUGGAGGGCGGCCGGAGCAAAGGUUUCGGCUUCGUGUGCUUCUCCUCCCCGGAGGAGGCCACCAAAGCGGUGACGGAGAUGAACGGGCGCAUCGUGGCCACCAAGCCGCUGUACGUGGCGCUGGCCCAGCGGAAGGAGGAGCGGCAGGCCCACCUGACCAACCAGUACAUGCAGCGCAUGGCCAGCGUGCGCGCCGUGCCCAACACGGUCAUCAACCCCUACCAGCCUGUGCCGCCCUCCGGCUACAUCAUGGCCGCCAUCCCCCAGGCCCAGAACCGCACCGCCUACUACCCGGCCGCCGGCCAGAUGGCCCAGCUCCGCCCCAGCCCCCGCUGGACCACCCAAGGCGUCCGGCCGCAGCACUUCCAGAACAUGCCAGGCGCCAUGCGCCCCUCGGCGCCGCGCCCCCAGACGUUCGGGUCCAUGCGCCCCUCCUCCCAGGUGCCCCGCAUGAUGUCCAGCCAGCGCGUGGCCGGUCAGAACGUGGGUCCCCGUCCAGCCGGCGCGGCUGCGGCCGGCGCCCCGGUGCGGGGGGUGCCCCAGUACAAGUACGCCUCAGGGGUCCGGAAUCCCCAGCAGCACAUCAGCGCCCAGCCGCAGAUCGCCCUGCAGCAGCCUGCAGUUCACGUCCAGGGACAGGAGCCUCUGACCGCCUCCAUGCUGGCCUCCGCCCCGCCGCAGGAACAAAAGCAGAUGCUGGGUGAGCGUCUGUUCCCGCUGAUCCAGAACAUGCAUCCCAGCCUGGCGGGCAAGAUCACCGGCAUGCUGCUGGAGAUUGACAACUCAGAGCUGCUCCACAUGCUGGAGUCCCCAGAGUCUCUCCGCUCCAAGGUGGACGAGGCGGUGGCCGUGCUUCAGGCCCACCAGGCCAAAGAAGCCGCCCAGAAGACCGUGACAAAUUCAGCUGGUGUCCCAAGAGUGGGGAACCUUGAGACCAGCGUCAACGACGGAUGAGGGGGUUUCAGAAAAGUUAAAAAUGUACAAAACAAAGUAAAAGAAUUCAAAUAACAAAAAAACCGACAACGGCAACAAGUCUCCAACCAGGCCUCCAAUGAAACUCUGAACACCAGGCCUGGUUUGCUGAGUUUAAGUUUAAAAAUGGAAAAAAAAAAGUGAAAAAAACGCGAAAAUAAAAAAUGAUCAGUUCCAGGGUGGUUUUAGAGGAGAAUUCCUUGACACAAUAUGAUUGAAAGCAUUCCUUUCUGCAGUUUUAUCCCUUUUAAAUGUUUGAGCUCUAAAAGCCCGAUGUGAAAUUUCCCCUGACCUUUGCUUGCUUGAAUAAAAGUUGUAAAAUAA